GUCGUUUGCGACAUUUUCAUGGUUUUGGAGGAUACCUGUCACAAGACCUAUUUGCCUAUAUGUUGCAAAUAUGUAACAGAUCAUAACAUAUCAACAUUUCAGCCACCCUUAUCCUUAUCUCUUAUCUUUACUCUAUACUACUAAAUGUGCUACGGCAUUACUAAGCUUAUCUCUGAGUUGCCUACAACAUUAUUAGUUCCUAAAUUACUAUAUAUUUACACAUCUCCUCUACUUUUAUGCUUGCAUCUCCUAUUGUUUUCUCGGAUGCUAGUUUUAUCUCAAUAUACAAGUAUAUUCUACUACAUAAACUAUACUUUACCUCUUAUAAUACAAAUAAGACAGAAAAUACUUAUAACAAAGGAAGCUGACUCAGCACUGAUUAUAACUCUAUAAGUACCAGCAGUAUAACAAGAGGAUAGUAUAAUCCAAAAUAAUAAUUGAAUAAAGUUGAACAAAAAGUUAUAGAAAAUGAGAGUUUGGUCUUUACUUCUUAACGCAGCACAGAUAUUGGAAGCAGUUGAUAACGGACCCAGUGACUGCUUUUUAGAUACCACCAAGUUCAGACCAAUAAAUGACACACAUAUAUCGCUCUCACUCCUCCAUAUUAGCGCUGUCAACAAUACAGUAAUGGCCAACUAUACAUAUGAGGUAACAAGACAAGCUUAUGAUGAUUUCAACAAUCAGUGGCGCAUUAAUUUCUAUUCCGCGAGAGGAAUUAAUUUGACUGCGCUAGAACCUGAAGAAAUCGACAGUUUCAACAAUCAGUUGCGCAUUAAUUUCUAUUCCGCGAGAGGAGUUAAUUUGACUGCGUUAGAACCUCAAGAAAUCGACAGUUU